GUAACAAGCCAGAUGAGAUGCAUACCCUCUAGACACUCAUGUUCCGGUAAGAAGGACAGACGAUAAAGACAAAUAACCCUGUGCUUCGUCAGAAGGUGGACAUCGAACCCGUGUCCCCCGCAUUGGCAGGCAGACUCUCAACCACUGCGCCACCAGGGAAGCCCAAGAUAGGUGAAUUUUAUGGUAAUCAAGUAAGUGGAUUCGAGGAAGGAAUCAAAGGAAAAUCAUUUCUUCUUGUUAAUGAUCAUAUAUUCAAGCACUGACUUCAAUUGAGUUAUUUUCAUACCUGACCAGUGUUGAACUGGACGUGGGCAGGGCAUCACACCUUAACAUCUUACAAAAGUAACAUGGGGAAAGGGAACAUUAGUCUUCACUACCCUGGAACAACAUAAAAUGCCUGCAAAACUCAUGGAGCAUUUCAGCAGAAGCGUCAUCCUCAUUGCAUCGCACGAGUACGUCAUCAAGUUGCCCGUGUACACGUGCCAGAUUCGCCUUUAGACUGUAAUCUCUUCGAGAUCCAGGAAGCGUGUACCUUCCGGUAUCGGCAGUGCAGUACCUGAAAUAUCCUAGUUACUCAAGUAAUAUGUAAUGAAUGAACAGCCGAAUCUGCAACCUGUUGAAUGAAAGAAUGAAUGAACCCUCAAUACAAACUCCCUCCUUCCUACGGGGCUCCACGGUGAAAAUGUUGCUCUGAUUCAGCAACAGCAUUAAAAUCUUUGACCUGUUGGAGGGAAAGGAACAGGCAAACAAGACAGGAAGGGGCGACAGGACAAAAAAAAGGGAGGACGCGCGGCCAAUACGCGUGCCGCGCUGGGUGGCGGGCGCCGCCUCAGGCCCCGCCCUGCCGGCGUUUUUGCGCGUGCGCCGGCUGGAGCGCAGCCGCUGGUCAGAGCCCGGGCGCCGGGGGCGCGCAGCCGGGAGAGUGUUUGACGUGGCAGUUCCCAGCCCAGCUGCAACUCCGCGAGCGAGACCAGCCUGUGGGGACACCGGCCCUAGGCGAGGCACGGCGGGAGCAGCGGCCGCCGCGGGAGCUGGGUCACCGGGGAAAACCGGCACUGGGAGCAGAGCGCAGGCUCUCGGAAGCCCGGCGUCGUGCGGGAGCCGACCAGGGUUCUUUUAUAGAACUGUUCCUUGGAAUGAUAUUUUUAUAAUGAGUCAACAAGGCUACGUGGCUACACCUCCUUAUUCUCAGUCCCAGCCUGGAAUAGGCCUUUCUCCACCGCAUUAUGGGCACUAUGGGGACCCAUCUCACACAGGUUCUCCACCAGGUAUGAUGAAGCCAGCAGGGCCUUUGGGGGCUGCUGCCCCCGGGGGGAUGUUGCCUCAGGGCCAUCUGCCUCCUGGACCCCAUCAGUUUGGCCAGAAUGGAGCUCAUGCCCAAGGUCCUCCUCUUCAAAGAUUUCCUGGCCCUCCACCUGUCAACAGUGCGGCCCCCUCCUAUGCACCAUACUCACCCUCUACACAAUCGUCUUACCCAAGUCCGGUGUCCACUUCAUCCGUCACCCAGCUGGGCACUCAGCUCAGUGCUAUGCACGUCAACAGCUAUGGUUCGGGCAUGGCUCCCCCCAGCCAGGGCCCCCCUGGCCCUCCAGCAGCAGCAGCAGCAUUCCAGGGUCCUCCACGGUCUUCGCAGCCAUCCAUCUUGCAGCCUGGAUCUCAGGUUCUCCCACCACCACCCACUGCACUAAACGGCCCCGGUGCCUCACCCUUGCCUCCAUCAACACACAGACAAGACGGGCCUGCUCCUCCGAACGCCCAGUACCAGCCCCCGCCUCCUCCAGGACAGACCCUGGGCCCUGGAUAUCCUCUGCAGCAGGCAGCCAACUAUGGCCCCCAGAUGGCAGGUGCACAGCUCUCCUACCCAGGAGGCUUCCCCGGAGGUCCUGCACAGAUGGCGGGUCCACCGCAGCCCCAGAAGAAGCUGGAUCCUGACUCUAUCCCCAGCCCAAUCCAGGUGAUCGAGAAUGACAGAGCCACCAGAGGGGGACAGGUUUAUACCACCAACACCAGAGGCCAGAUCCCUCCCCUGGUCACUACAGAUUGUACGAUACAAGACCAAGGCAAUGCGAGUCCUCGAUACAUCCGUUGCACAACAUACUGUUUCCCAUGCACGUCAGAUAUGGCCAAGCAAGCUCAGAUUCCAUUAGCUGCCAUCAUCAAACCCUUUGCCAUGAUUCCCUCAAAUGAGACGCCCCUCUACUUGGUAAAUCAUGGGGAGACUGGACCAGUCAGAUGCAACAGGUGCAAAGCCUACAUGUGCCCGUUCAUGCAGUUCAUUGAAGGAGGAAGGAGGUACCAGUGUGGAUUUUGCAACUGCGUGAAUGACGUUCCACCAUUCUAUUUCCAACAUCUGGACCACAUCGGAAGAAGACUGGACCACUAUGAGAAGCCAGAGCUAUCUCUAGGAUCAUAUGAAUAUGUUGCUACUUUGGAUUACUGCAGAAAGAAUAAGCCUCCCAACCCACCAGCCUUUAUCUUCAUGAUUGAUGUUUCAUAUAGUAACAUUAAGAAUGGACUUGUGAAGCUCAUAUGUGAAGAACUGAAGACUGUGCUGGAAAAACUUCCGAAGGAAGGUCAGGAAGAGACUUCCUCACUUCGAGUUGGUUUCAUCACGUACAACAAAGUCCUCCAUUUCUUUAACGUAAAGAGCACUUUGGCACGGCCCCAGAUGAUGGUAGUGACGGAUGUCAGCGAGGUCUUUGUCCCUCUGUUGGAUGGUUUCCUUGUCAGCUAUCAAGAAUCCCAGUCUGUGAUUCACAAUUUAUUGGACCAGAUUCCAGAGAUGUUUGCAGACUCUAAUGAAAAUGAGACCGUCUUUGCUCCUGUCAUCCGGGCUGGCAUGGAAGCACUACAGGCAGCUGACUGUCCCGGGAAACUGUUCAUCUUCCAUUCCUCCUUGCCAACUGCGGAAGCACCAGGGAAGCUCAAAAACAGAGAUGACAAAAAACUGAUUAAUACGGACAAAGAGAAGAUCCUUUUCCAGCCCCAGACAAAUGUCUACGACCCUCUGGCCAAGGACUGCGUGGCUCACGGCUGCUGCGUGACGCUCUUCCUCUUCCCCAGUCAGUACGUGGACGUGGCCUCCUUGGGUCUCGUGCCUCAGCUCACGGGAGGAACCCUCUACAAGUACAACAAUUUCCAGGUGCACUUGGACAGCCAACAAUUUUUGAAUGACCUCAGAAAUGAUAUUGAGAAGAAAAUAGGAUUUGAUGCUAUUAUGAGGGUUCGUACCAGCACAGGUUUCAGAGCCACUGACUUCUUUGGUGGCAUCUAUAUGAACAACACCACCGAUGUGGAGAUGGCAGCCAUUGACUGUGACAAGGCAGUGACUGUGGAGUUCAAGCAUGAUGACAAACUCAGUGAAGACAGUGGAGCCUUAAUCCAGUGUGCCGUGCUUUACACGACCGUCAGUGGGCAGAGAAGACUUCGGAUUCACAAUCUGGGCUUGAACUGCAGCUCCCAGCUGGGUGAUCUCUAUAAGAGCUGCGAGACUGAUGCCCUUGUCAACUUCUUUGCCAAGUCAGCUUUUAAAGCAGUUCUGCACCAGCCCUUGAAGGUCAUCAGGGAAAUUCUGGUCAAUCAGACCGCCCACAUGUUGGCCUGUUACCGGAAGAAUUGUGCUAGUCCGUCCGCAGCCAGCCAGCUUAUUUUACCAGAUUCCAUGAAAGUAUUGCCAGUGUACAUGAACUGUUUGUUAAAAAACUGCGUGCUGCUCAGCAAACCAGAGAUCUCAACGGAUGAGCGGGCCUACCAGAGGCAGCUGGUCAUGACCAUGGGUGUGGCCGACUCUCAGCUUUUCUUCUACCCACAGCUUCGGCCGAUACACACAUUAGAUGUCAAGAGUACAACAUUACCUGCUGCUAUUCGUUGCUCUGAGACCCGUCUUUCAGAAGAAGGAAUAUUCCUAUUGGCUAAUGGUCUGAACAUGUUCUUAUGGUUGGGAGUAAGUAGCCCACCAGAACUCAUCCAAGGAAUAUUUAACGUGCCAUCUUUUGCACAUGUCAACACAGAUAUGACAUUAUUGCCUGAGCUGGGAAACCCGUACUCACAAACGCUCAGAAUGAUAAUGGGUAUUAUCCAACAGAAGCGGCCAUAUUCAAUGAAGCUUACCAUAGUAAAGCAGCGAGAACAGCCAGAAAUGGUUUUCCGACAGUUCCUGGUAGAAGACAAAGGACUUUAUGGAGGAUCAUCCUAUGUGGAUUUCCUUUGCUGUGUUCACAAGGAGAUCUGUCAGCUGCUUAAUUAAUUGAACCUUCUCUAUUGUUAAUACUGCAUUUCUAAGGAGAUAAUCUCCUUCUUGGUGCCUAACUCUCCAGAUAAUAACAGGCUAGUUUUGAUUUCUUGCUCAUUUUCAGAAUAGCUUUCCAAGACGGCAUUUAGAACUACAGCUUUGGUGCUCAGGUAUAAAGCCAAUGAAGGUACAAUUGUACCUUAAAGGGAACAGUCUAUUUCUGAUUGCACAAUUUUUAACUGUUAAAACUGAUGCAGUUUGCAUUUCAUGAAAGGCAUAGUUUACAGAACUGUAAACAUUCUCAAUUUUCUUUCUUUGUGCUAGACAUAUAAAUUAUUUUUCAAAAUGUAUAGAUUUGGAGUAAAAAGUUUUGGUUCCUCUCCCAUUUGCAGUGAGGAAAAAAACAACUUAAUUUUUACAUUAUACUUAAUUUUUUUAAACCAUGUAACCCCAUUGAACACAUUUUUCAACUUAAAGUUUGCAUAGCAGACUUUUAAAUAACCUUGGAAUCUAUUUGGUAGAACAAUUUGUGUUCUAUAUUUUUUUCAUAAUUAUAUGUUGUGUAUGUUAAAACUAUUUUCCAGUUGUUGUUUUGUCUGUAAAACUGUCUUUAUCAAUAUUCUUAAUGGUUCC